UCUGUCCCUUGGUUGUGUCACUCUUUAACGUUGCGCCUGGAAUGGCGGCAACCUUGUCUGCGAAGAAGAAAAAGAUUUACGAUGGAAUUUUUAUGGCUUUCUCUCUUUUACUUCAUUUUAAAACCACAAAACAACGACGACAUUAAACUCAGUUAAUCGUCCAUUGCUGUCGGUGAGACAUUAAACACGAACAAUGGAGGUGAACGAGGCUCAUGUGGACACUUUGCUGAACAUGGGGUUCCCCAGCGAAACUGACAUCCGUCACGCUCUUCGUUUCAGUAAAAACGAUCUGAAUGAUGCGGUUGCCUACCUCACCGAUGACCACUCCACCACCAAUUUCGACCAUUUGGACGCACAGUUACAACUGUCAUCACUUCGUACGCCUCCUGAGUCGUCUCUGGUCGGCGGCGGCGGCGGUGGUGGAGGUGGCGGCGGCGGCGGGGACCAGCUUUUGCCCCACAACAGACUCUCGGGCCUCGAUUUCUUUAAACCUCCCUCAGAACACUCGGAUGAUAUCCUCACCGGACCUGAGAAAUCUGCUAAAGACCCUUCAAUUGAUUCUGUGCCCCCUUUACUCACUGCUGAAGAAGAAACUAACUAUGAGUUUCCUGUCACUAAUCUCUAUGAAUUGGAAAGUCGAGUGUUUGUGGAUCAAUGGUCAAUCCCGUAUCGUAAAGAAGAAUCCCUCGGCAAAUGUCUCCUUGCUUCCACUUAUUUUGCAGAAGCAGGGUUUGCUGACACCAAUGAACACUGUAAGCGCUUCAUGACACAAUGUAUGCCGGAAGCUUUUAAAAAGCUGAUGACAUACCCUGCAGUCCAUCGGUGGACGUCUGAGAUUCAAGAAGGAAUCAACAACAUGUUGCAGUUAUUCAUUGACCUCGUUGUUGCUCGUUUAAAACAUUUACCUGUCCCCAUUGGACUCCUUGAUGUCUUAACGAUGGCGUUUGACCAAGAUGCUGUGUUCCACUUCAAGAACCGUGCCCGACAAUGUGACAAAACCUACUGGAAGGACAAGUUUCCAAAUGGAGAACUUUAUGCUGUCAAUUGUUCCGGAGCAGGAAAAAACGACCCUUAUGGCUGGCUCACCAACCUCAUUAACAGGUUUGCUUACAAAAAGGGCUUUGAAUACGUGAAAAAACAUUUGGAGAGUGAUGAUUUAGAUGCACCGUCUAUGGCAGCUCUUCUGCGUCCAUUUGGUACUUGUGCAGACUUUUUAAACCCUUCGGUGAUGUUGGAUAUUCUGGCCCCAGGUUUAAAGAAGGCCAUCAAAUAUGUUCAGAGUUUGGAAGAGAAAGACUUUAAAGAAAAGAAAGUUGGCAGUGUUUCUGAGUUACUGGCUUCCAUGAAGCUUUUAUGUAUGACUAUGUGGCCCCAGGAUGUGGAAGCUGUUGAUGAUCUGCGAUUGGAUGUGGCACUCCGAAUGCUCAAAUCUCCUCACUUUAAUGCCAAAAUGAAUUCCCUAAAAGAGGUCUCCAAACUCAUUGACGAUGCCACAGUCAGUAAGUUAAAGACUGCCAUUCACUCGGACAGAAUUCUCAACUUUUUGGUUGACAAACGUGUGCUGGCUAUUGCCCUAGAAGGAAACAUUGAUCAAGCUCAAUAUUGUGAUAAAGUGAAAGGUAUUGUGGACUUUUUGGGAUCCAAACUGUCUUUGGAUGAACUGACAAUGAUUUGGAAGAUGCAGAAUGGCCAGUCUAACAAUGUGAUAGAGAACAUCUACUCCAUCAUAGCCGCUGCAGCUGUGAAGUUUGAUGCUCAACAGUUAGAACAGUUGUUCUUCCUCAUACAAAAGAAAUGGCAGGACGACAAUGACCGUGUCCGAGAGAAAUUAUUGAGUCUCAUUGGCAAGAUUGGUAAAGACGCUCGUGUUACCAAAACUACAACACGGGUGUUAGAGUUGUUGUGGGACCUGUCUCACCUACCUGCCCUUUCUACCCACCUCAUAGAACAAGCUCUUAAUGAGCACCUGCUCAUUCUCAGUGAUUCUUACAUCGUCAAGGAACAGGUGAAGCGACAUUAUGUGAUGAAGUGUGUGGAAGACAUUAAGAAGGGUGCCUGGGUGUUGCCAGCCCUGAAACAGUUGCUGCAUUUAUGUAAAAAUAUUUCCAAGCAGAAUCUCAACAAAUCAGACAAAGGCAUCCUUUAUGAACUCAAUCGCAAUCAAGAUGUGGUGAAACUAGUGACUGGAAGUUUAUUAAAAUGCCACAAGAUGGCAGCAAGUGUUGAUGGUAACUUGAACCCUGCCACUAUAGUUGAUGGUCGCUAUACACACUCUGAGUAUGUGUCAACUCAUCUGAACUUCCUGCAGUAUAUUCUUCAAGUCGGUAUUCAGACUUUAACUUGGAACCGAGCUCGGGAAAUUUGGAGUACGUUGGUUGCUAAUGUCGAGGCUUGUGAUUGGGACAAAGAGACAUGUUACGAAUGGUUCAGUCGUGGAAUUGAGGAUUUAGACUCUGAAGCUGUCAGCCAGUUGUUCCAGAAAGAACUGCUCAAAUUAGAUCCUUCGGUUCUCAGUGAAAAAGGCUUUACCUGUGUGAAGAACUUUUUUGAAUCUGCCAACCUUUAUGAGCAUAAACUGAAGAAAUCUUCUACAGGCCUUAGUUUGAUUGUUGAGAAACCGGACCUGUGUGGACUCGAAUUCCUCUGGGAGACCUGUUUGAACACCCCAAAUGAGACGAUAGCAGCAGCAGCCAUCCAAUUACUCCUUGACAUGUCAUAUUCAAAUUUAACUCCUAAAAUAAAAAAGGAUCCUGUGAACCUUCACAAAAAAUUCAUCACAGAAUGUUACAACAGACUGGAGGUGGCCCGGAUAGGAAUUGGUGGCUCCGCCCUGGGCCAAGUGAUUCUCAGUGCCACUAAAAUACUAACUGCUGUCAUUGUACCAGAUGUUGCUUCUGGGACUGUACCAUCCAACUGUGCCAAUAAAACUGACCAGAAUCCAGUCACAGUUGAAACCAGGCGGCCCCCUUCCCGGGACCCCAUUUACUUCCGACCAGUGAAGCUGCUGAACAUAGAACGUUUAUUGUGGAUAGCUGAGGCGUACAUCCUAAACGUGGAGGAGGUCCAUGUAAGUCCGCGCAGUAUCCUACCCCAUGGGACUUCAUUCCAGGGUCAACAGAUUAAUCUGUUCAUCUCAUCAGAAUUACAGAAGCAAGAGUUUGUCUUGAUGAGCCAUAGUAAUGAAAUGUUAGCGUUGGUGAGGAUCAAGAUUGCCAACCAUCUCCGACAGUUUGUUGAUCAAAUUCAGAUUUAUGCAAAUGAGAAACUUUUGAGCUGUAACAAGGACCAGAAACUGCUGCAUCAAUUAGACUUUGAAGACAACCAGAUUCUGCAAGUGCGUAUCUGCUCUGCCAGUAACGCUGCAUCAAACAACCAGGUGAAAGAAAUUCAAGAAUGUCUACGACUUGACCAGCCCCAUGCCAGUCCAUCAUCUAAACAGAAUUUUGAUUUGGAUCAGGAGAAGAUGCUUCCCGGUGUGAUUAUGGCGAUUGGUGGACAAGUUUUUGAUAUGUUGUAUCAAUUAGCUGAACUGGAAGAGCCAAAAAUCACAUGUCGGGUGAGGAAGCUGUUGAUGUUGAUCCCUACUGACCCUUCCAUAUCGGACGCCUUUGAUUCCAUCAGUCAACGACCACGGCAUGUUAUUUUCUCCUCUCUUUCUGUGCAGGUGCUGAGCAGUAAAUUGAUGCCAACAGGUGAGGAGGUUGGGGUCCAGCACAGUGCCAAGCGUUUCUGUGAGGACUUCCUGCUGGCUGGUGGCCUGGCGUUAGUGAUGCACAUCCUUCAGCCAGAAGCCAUGGCAACAGACGUACCAUACGCCAUACGUCAGGCAGCAUACUCCAUCUCUUUACAGUUAACCAAAUUCCUGUUGUGCGGUCAAACAGUGACCGGUGAAGUGUAUUUCCCCCUGUCCCCCCAGGUGAAAACUACUCCCAGUGGAGCCAACUGGAUUGGUAGUAUGAAUGUAGAGCCAUCGACUGGAGCCGGUAGCAGAGCUCUCCAGACUAUGUCGGUGGAAGAUUUUGGAGAGACAGUGGCCUGUCUGAUGCGCAUCACAUGGGCCGCAGCUGCAGGUCGCCUUCAUUUGAUGAGCGUUCCCCAACCAAUUAGAGAGAGCACUGUUGCCACAGGCCGACGCAGUCGUCAAAGUAGUACAGGUAGUACUGGUAGUACAGGAAGUGACGGUGAGGGCCAAACCCUUCAUGCUGGGGUUUGUGCCCAGCAAGCCAACACAAGUACCAAAGAUUGUAAGAUUGCAUGUGAAGCUCUGGAGAUUUUUGUAACCUGCCUGAAACUACGAAAGGAGCUGCUCUCCGUCUUCUACAGUUUGCCGUGUGUCAGUGACUUCAUUACAGACAUUUUGGUCGGUUCACCCCAACUUGACAUUCGAAAUGCAGCCCUGGAGCAGUUCUACCAGCUGAGCCAGACUGAACUGUUGCCUGCUGAGAUCGAUGACAACAAUAUCAAUCCUCAUCAGUUCAUGUUGAAGGUCUUGCUCAAGAGUCGACUCCCGUUCUGGGUCUCCUCCACUACAAUCAGGGGCAGCAAUCAAAGGUUACUCAAUCAAUGUUCGCAAUACUUUGAACUUCGAUGUCGUCUGCUGGAAAACCUAUCUUUGACUGAGCAAAGCCAGUUUGGCGUCAACCCAUCGGCUAUGUUGAGUGAUGAGAUUGACUGGCUCAGUAAUUUUGUCACCUCUGAGUACAUUGAGCUUCGUACCACAGAAAACAUGCUGAUGGCUGGUCACCUGAAAUUGUGUAAAACACUGUUUACCUGUGAACAAGUUGAUAAAGAAGAAUUUGGCAAAGAGUUGAUAUCUGAGCUGCUUGAUGACUUCCUGUUUCCAGCAUCAAAACUUAUUAUGGACAAUUUCAAUCAUGUUAGAUCGGAGAGACUCUUCCAUAAUUUUAAUCCCAAAUGCACCAAUCAAGAAUCCAGAGUUGCAGCCUAUGACCUUCUCACUGAGUUGACCAAGAAAUCAUUCAAUAAUUUGAAGGAGAUUUGUAAACGCCUCAUUCAGAUGCAUCACAUGCCGAACCCUGACUGUGCCAACGAGUGGGAGUACAUGCCUGCUGUUGAUGGCCGAGCAGAUUGUGGUUUUGUUGGUCUGAAGAAUGGUGGUGCCACCUGCUAUAUGAACUCCGUCCUACAACAGAUCUACAUGGCACCUGGCAUCUCUGAGUUUAUUUUGUCUGUCGAUGAAGAGGAAGUAGAUGAAGACAGUGUGUAUUACCAUGUACAACAGAUUUUCGGACAUCUGACUGAUAGCAAGCUUCAGUACCACGAACCAGAGAGUUUUUGGAAAGUAUUUAAACUGUGGGGUCAAACGAUAAAUAUCCACGAACAACAAGAUGCAUUUGAUUUCUUCCAAGCUCUUAUUGAUCAAGUCGAUGAACAUAUGAAACGAAUCGGACGAGAUGAAAUCUUCAAACGUAAAUUUCAAGGAAUUUUCUCUGACCAAAAAAUUUGCAAGGACUGCCCUCAUCGCUAUGAACGAGAAGAAGCUUUCUUUGCCCUGAAUUUGACAGUCAAAAAUGCCACUUUACAAGAUUCUCUGGACCAGUUUGUGAAAGGGGAACUUCUGGAAGGAGACAAUGCUUACUUUUGUGAAAAAUGUCAAGAAAAGAGGAACACCAUCAAACGUAUGUGUAUCAAAACACUGCCACCAUUGUUGUGCAUCCAGUUGAAGAGGUUUGGUUAUGACUGGGAGGCGCAGAAAGCAUUGAAGUUUGAUGACUAUUUCAAGUUUCCCUGGGUCCUCGACAUGGAGCCUUAUACAGCUGAAGGGAUGGCAUGGCGAGAAAGUGAAAGCCUUCACAAUUAUUCUGAUGAGGAAACUAGCGAGAAAUCAACGUUGGGGUCGUCAUGUCAGGAAGACUCGGCAGAUGGUCAGUAUGUGGAUCCAGUCACCUCAACAAACCAAGUCAUACCAAACCGAAUACAUUAUGAACUUGUUGGCAUUGUCGUCCAUAGUGGUCAAGCUAAUGCUGGCCACUACUACUCCUUUAUUAAAGACCGCAGAGGAACAGUCUCAACAAAUCCUAAGAAGGGUUGCUGGUUCAAAUUCAACGACAUUACAGUAGAAGAGUUUCACAUGACAGAUGCCAACCUUGAAGCUGAAUGCUUUGGUGGAUUUUACAAAGCAAAAGUUUAUGACCAAAACAUGACCUACCCUGAAGAUCGGAUCCGUUAUUGGAAUGGUUAUAUGUUGUUCUAUGAACGAAUGGAUGAACCAAAGACACCUGUUUCUGCAAAGAAAUCCAAAGUUUCUCUGUCUAAAUGUUCUCAUUUUGAACCAAGACGCAGUUUGAACUCUGACAGCCUGGUCGAGUUAACAGAGUUGGUCCACAAAGGGGAAAAACGUGGUAUUUUCACAGAGAAGAUGCCAGCAAGCAUUGAGAAGGUGAUUGGCACCGAGAACAUAAUCUUUGUCAAGAACAGAGACAUUUACAACAAUGAGUAUUUCCGUUUCAUCAAGAACCUGGCCGCAGUUAAUGCAGCUCAUGAAACUGACCCCAACUACAGUAAGUUAUGUGUACAGUCGCUCCAGCUGGCCAUGAAAUUCCUCAUCAAUUCGUACUUCAGAGCAAAACUGAAGACAAAGGCUGAGUUAGAUGACUGGGUCACUGUGAUUGAGAUGUUGGUCACCCGCUGCAAAGAAGCCUGCCUGUGCCUGGUCGACAUGAUUGGAGAAGACGAUGGUUACACCUACAUCAAGUCCUUUCUGCUGGAAUGUCCAAACAAAGAUGUUCGGCUUACCCUGGCCAAAAUCCUCCAACGUAUGAUGAAUAGCUUCUUUCAACAUGGUGCUGUAGCUACAUACAAAUCCUUUGACCAGUUGGUGGGUCAUCUGCUCCACAUGCUAAACAAAGAUCUUCCUGACAACAUCAAAAACUCCACUCAAUAUUUCCUCGUUCUCAAAAGUUACGUUCAGAUGGGUACCAAGGCCUGCAGCCACAUGUUCCAUCGGAAGGGCUUCAAUCAUCUGAUCAACUUUCUACUUGGGACCGUCGACAAAGAAGAAGAAUUAUCAUCUCGUCGAUGGAUACCAAUUCAAGCCCGAGAUUUUGGCCACCUGCAGACGACCCUUGCUACUUUAAUCUUGAACUGUGAUGUCUCCAGCUACAGAACUGACGAACCUGAUCCCUUCAAAGUCUACACCCCACAAACUGUUUCUCCACAGUUGUACCUUAAAAUGUCUGAUGACAUGUUUUACUUCGUCUUUGGUGCAGGAUCCUACCGUUACAUCAACGAGGUGGUGUAUGCCGUACGUGAAGUCAGUUCAAAUCUAGACUCCGUCACCGAUAUGCUAUUGGCCUGUAGUUUCUGCAACAGCACUUUCAGUAUGACAGUCCUCGAGUGCUUGAUGGUCCAGUACCAAACAGCUCCCUGUAACGAAGUGCGCAACAUAUUUUCCUUACUCAUGGAGAUUCUGGUAAGAUUUUGCUCAAAAUAGUUUUUUUUAAAAUUU